CCGGAAGUGUGUUGAGGUGAUUGCUCUUGUUACUCUUUGUCCGCUUUGGGACAGCAGCAGGAGCAGCAUCUCAGACAAGGGAACAACCUAAUAAUGGAAGAAUUUGAAGACAUUGAAGCACCUCCUGGUGACGAUUUGCGUCAAUGCAACACCUGCAAAAGAAGUUUUUUCCCUAAAGCCCUGGAGAGGCAUUCUAAAAUUUGUCAGAAGUCAGCAGCUAAACGGAGGAGGGUUUUUGACUCGAGCCGACAGAGAGCCGAGGGAACGGACAUCUCUACGCUAAAACCUAUCAAACCAAAGUCUCAAAGCUCAGCAGCCUCAGAGAAAGCAGAACYCCCGAAGAAGCAGUCCAACUGGCGCAAGAAGCACGAGGACUUCAUCGCCACCAUCCGCGCCGCCAAGUCCCUUACUCAGGUCAUAAAGGAUGGGGGACCCCUCCCCCCGCCUCCUCCCCCUACAUAUGAUCCAGAUUACAUCCAGUGCCCUUACUGUCAGCGGAGGUUCAACGAGAGUGCAGCCGACAGACACAUCAAGUUCUGCCAGGAGCAGGCGGCCCGCAUGCCCAACAAAAACAAGUCAGGCGACGUCAAGAGGACUCCCGGGCGCACGUCGCAGUACAAGCCUCCUACCCCUGUGAAGAAGGCCAACUCUCCUGCCGUGCAGACCAUUUCCUCAGCUCCGUCUCGUUUGCCCCAGAGAGGACAGCCCACCGGUUCAGUCAGGAGUAAUCCCUCCAGCCUCACCAGCCCACCAUCUGGUGCGGGAGGUAAGGCUCGAGUCGUGAGCUCCGGCUACGGAAGUUUGAAGAACUCUCAGGCUGGAGCCAAUAAGAAGAAAGCCGACGCCCACAUAUCCAGGAACGAUGUAGAUGGAGGAAGUGAAGUUGGCAACUGUGGAAUGAAGGGCAAGUUCUGUCACGCCUGCGGUACCAAGUACCCCGUGGAAAGCGCAAAGUUCUGCUGCGAGUGCGGGGUCCGGAGGAUGUGUAUCUGAUGGAGGUCAGAGGUCAGGGAACAUAGAGGGGCCUGCACUUAUGUACGCGUUGGGAAAAAAAAAAUCACCAAAGCAGAUAAAACAUUUAAGACUAUUAAAGAAUAAUUUCCAUGUUUGGUCACGAACAUGGAUCCAGUUUCCUGGCGGCUGAGCUUUAGCUACAAUAUUUUUGGAUGAAGUGUUAACAGUUCUUAUUAAAGUCCUGGUCUGGCUUUUCCUUAAAACUUUGAAGGUUUGUUGUUCUGAUUUACACCGGCUGAUGCAGAAACAAAURCAAAUCGUCUUAGUUUUCCACCCAGUUGCUGAAUUUUCUCUGCAGUUUGCAGCAUCGACCCGUUGAGGUAUGCACUGAUGCAUAAUCAGAAUGGUAAAAUGUAAAAAGAGAAAGAGGUAACGUGYAACUCACUGCAGAACAGAGUUUUUGUUGCUUGCUUCAUCCUCUCAGAGUGCGUUUUUAUUGAAGUGCAAUAAAAAUAUAUUUGACUACUGAAGAAGGCAAAGUGCUUUUCUAAGCAAAACAGGUUGGAACUUUUAAACUUUUAUUUUGAAAGGGACCAGCCCUUAAAAUGAACUAGCUAGGACUGGUUAUCGCUCCCUUUAAUGUCACUUUACAUGUAAUUUUUUUCCAGUAACACCAAACUGUAGCGUUGUUCUUUUUGUUCCGUCUUAUUUUAUACAAUGAAAGUUAUUUAUUUACUUGUUCCAUAUCAUUUUUAAGUGAUUAAUCAAGGACUGCAUUGUUUGUUUUUUCUUAUCUUGAACAUUCAAUAGAUUUCACRUUUUUAUUCUGAAUUUGUAUAAAAAUAGACCAGACGUGGGUGUCUGUUGGUUUUUAAGGAGUCAGUAUUUAAUCCAACUAUUUGUCUUCUCUGAGUUCAUUUGCACGAGGAACAGUUGCUUAUUUAUGUCAUUUGUACUCUCGCUAAGCAUUAUUUGAGUUAUUUUUGAGAAGUUAGAAAUGUACUCGAGAAGCAAACGUGACUUGAAAUGUAGACAUGGACUAAACCGACAACAGCUGAUAACCUGUUUAUCAACCAUCAAUAAACUUCUAUGAAGACA